UAGGUGGCGCCCUCCCCCAGGCCCGGGGCCCCGACCGCCCGUGCCGCCUCCUUCCGGACCCUCCUCUGCGAUAACGGCGCCGCGAGCAGGCCGGGCGGACUGGGCGGGGCUCCGAGAGGGGACUGGGGCCCAGACCCGCUAGGAGACGGGGAGCGGGCGGCGCGGCCAUGGCUGGCUGCUGCGCCGCGCUGGCGGCCUUCCUGUUCGAGUACGACACGCCGCGCAUCGUGCUCAUCCGCAGCCGCAAAGUGGGGCUCAUGAACCGCGCCGUGCAGCUGCUCAUCCUGGCCUACGUCAUCGGGUGGGUGUUUGUGUGGGAAAAGGGCUACCAGGAAACUGACUCCGUGGUCAGCUCCGUUACGACCAAGGUCAAGGGCGUGGCUGUGACCAACACUUCUAAACUUGGAUUCCGGAUCUGGGAUGUGGCGGAUUAUGUGAUACCAGCUCAGGAGGAAAACUCCGUCUUCGUCAUGACCAACGUGAUCCUCACCAUGAACCAGACCCAGGGCCUGUGCCCCGAGAUUCCAGAUGAGACCACUGUGUGUGAAUCAGAUGCCAGCUGUACUGCCGGCUCUGCUGGCACCCACAGCAACGGAGUCUCAACAGGCAGAUGUGUACCUUUCAACCGGUCCGUCAAGACGUGUGAGGUGGCAGCCUGGUGCCCGGUGGAGGAUGACACACACGUGCCACAACCUGCUUUUUUAAAGGCUGCAGAAAACUUCACUCUUUUGGUUAAGAACAACAUCUGGUAUCCCAAAUUUAAUUUCAGCAAGAGGAAUAUCCUUCCCAACAUCACCACUACUUACCUCAAGUCGUGCAUUUAUGAUGCUAAAACAGAUCCCUUCUGCCCCAUAUUCCAUCUUGGCAAAAUAGUGGAGAACGCAGGACACAGCUUCCAGGACAUGGCUGUGGAGGGAGGCAUCAUGGGCAUCCAAGUCAACUGGGACUGCAACCUGGACAGAGCCGCCUCCCACUGCUUGCCCAGGUACUCCUUCCGCCGCCUGGAUACACGGGACGUCGAGCACAACGUGUCUCCUGGCUACAAUUUCAGGUUUGCCAAGUACUACAGAGACCUGGCUGGCAACGAGCAGCGCACGCUCAUCAAGGCCUAUGGCAUCCGCUUCGACAUCAUCGUGUUUGGGAAGGCAGGGAAAUUUGACAUCAUCCCCACUAUGAUCAACAUCGGCUCUGGCCUGGCGCUGCUAGGCAUGGCGACCGUGCUGUGUGACAUCAUAGUCCUCUACUGCACGAAGAAAAGACUCUACUAUCGGGAGAAGAAAUAUAAAUAUGUGGAAGAUUACGAGCAGGUAGGCCCCUCCUGGCCCCCAGCAGGCACAGACCUCUCAUCUCCCAGGUGUGGGAGCCCUCGGCGUGGGCCCGUCUGGGGAGGCCCUUCUGCAGAGGCUGGCACCAGUGUGGCGUGGUGUCCCCAUUAACCCAGGCAGUCUCGCCACUCUCAGCAGCCGCGCCAUCCCUAAGCCCCUGUACUAGAUUGACUCUUUAAACCCAGCCUCGUUUCAAUGAGCGACAUCUCAGGUUGGUGAUGAUAGUGCAUGCUCUGAGAACGCCUGUGCGCACACACGACUUCAGUUCACCUUGCCGAACAGGAAGGGUUGGGUUCCAGGCCUGGGACCAACUUGAGAACCCCUGGCGGUGAAUUCCCGGGCGCACAACUCCCUCCCGCCUGCCACAAGGGGUCCUGGGGGCACCUUGAUCUGCUUGUGUCCUUCUUUGCAGGGUCUUGCUAGUGAGCUGGACCAGUGAGGCCUACCCCACGCCUGGGCUCUCCACGGCCCCAUCGAAGAACAGAGAGGAGGAGGAGGGAGAAAUGGCCGCCAUAUCACCCCAGAGAAAUUUCUGGAAUCUGAUUGAGUCUCCACUCCACAAGCACUCAGGGUUCCCCAGCAGCUCCUGUGUGUUGUGUGCAGGAUCUGUUUGCCCACUCGGCCCAGGAGGUCACCAGUUUGUUCUUGGCUGGGUCAACUCUGUUAUUCCCGCAACCUGGGGUUGUCGAGGGUGUGCUGGCCCGAGGCAGUGGCACUGCUGUGGCUUUCAGGGCUGGAGCUGGCUUUGCUCAGAAGCCUCCUGUCUCCAGCUGUCUCCAGGACACGCCCAGUCCUCUGAGGCACGGCGGCUCUGUUCAAGCACUUCAUGCGGCAGGGGAGGCCGCCUGGCUGCAGUCACUAGACUUGUAGCAGGCCUGGGCUGCAGGCUUCCCCCGACCAUUCACUGCAGCCAUGAGGCAGAGCUGGCAUUUCUCCUCAGAGAAGCGCUGUGCUAAGGUGAUCGAGGACCAGACAUUAAAGCGUGAUUUUCUUAA